AUGGCCCAAUUGUCAGGAAAUGAUGCGCCGCCCGCCCCCACCGAUGGCUCCUCGUCUCCUAACAGCUGCACCGAAAUCGCAGAACUUCUCUCUCGCCUCCAGCUCAAUAACUCGCAGCUACAACAGCUCUUUACUGCUCUUACCAAUAUCGCCACCACCAGUGUCAACGAGCCUACUCAACAAACCCCGGACAAGACGUUCGAUCUGAUCAAUGCCGAUGAUGUGCCUCAAAAUGUCUCCAGUGAAGGUAGCAGCGGCAAAGACACGAAUGCCGCGAGUUGUUCACCAACUACCGCCGCCCCACCUGCCAUUGCGGCUGACCCUACCAUUGUAUCUCCCCUUGCGUCGUCCAACGGAGAUCAUGAUGCAGCACCUGACGCAGCAUCCACUGUUACCACCGCUCCUCUCACUCCUAUGGGCGCAGCUGUCGUUGCAGCACCUGUGGCACCAGCCCUCACCGCAGCACCUGCUGCCGCAUCUACCACUAGGGUUUUCAAUGGGGUCACCUACCAAUACCCUGCUCACGGCACUUCUGGUCCGUUCUAUCUUGUCACUCGCGGCCGCGAUAUUGGUGUUUUUGUUGGCUUGGAAAAUACAUCUCCCCUUAUCACUCGUGUCUCGGCUUCGGUCUCCUUCCGUGUUUCUUCUGCAGAGGAGGGGCGACUCUUACAGUUUGCGUAUGGUCCUAUGAUGAGAGACAAAAGGUCUCAAAACAGAGGCGUAUGGGCUAAUACUUUGCAUGGGAUCUCUAGAGUUAUUAAACACACCGCGACAUCUCAACAUGAUUUUUACCUCAAGAGAGUCAGAAUUUUCAGGGCUUCCCUUUGUAAUCGCAGCACCCUCUGCAAAACGUGGCGCCGCCAGUACCGUAAAAAAGUCAAAACAAAUCAGGAUGUUCCGAAUCCGUCUGAACCCGAGAAUGGACCUGGCCCAGGCGAGUUCCAUAAUGAAAUAACUCGACAAGGGUUACACAAGGUUCUCUUCUGCAGCUUGGAGCCGAAAGCUUUCGUCGAGGAACGCCGGAUGCAUCUUAUCAAUGUUACCAAUGGCUCACCCUUUGGAUAUGUUGAUAAGAUUGUCAAGGCAUGCAUAAGGGCCCCAGAUGGUGCGAUCGGCUUAUUGACGGAGGCGGAACACAUGUGGGAACAAUCUCUUUCUCAGAUCCGUGACGCCCUGGCGGAGAUCCUUCAAGAUUAUGGUUGCAGCGAGGAGUAUAGGACGGCUAACGUGACAGCCAACGACUACCAGAACCUUUUAACUCUUUUGGAGGACGUUCACGCAUCUGCCGUAGUUCAAAUCCCAUCACAAUUUGAAGAUGGAUUAUUGAUCUAUUGCCUCAACUACAUUAAUGUACACCUUUUGACCCACCCCCGAAUACGCGUGAUUGUUUACUAUACAGUUGCAGCCACAAAAUUAAGGUUUGAUUGUUUCUUGACGCUAGGUGAACGCCGCCGGAAAAUGGAGAUGGAAAGGAAAAAGCUGAUUAUCGAGCCAACGCCAAGGGCUCCAUCCGCUAGUGACGUCAAGCAUGCCUUGAAAGCCAAGCAAGAUCGCGUCUUGCGCCUUUUACGGCCCAGCUUUGCCUCUGCCAUCAGCGAGGGAGAAGCGGAGGAAUAUCUUAAGAAAGCGUACCUCGUUUGGUUUCUUCGCUUUCCUGAGGUAGAGCCGGAAAUCAAGGUUGAAGAAGCAUUCAAAGAUGACCCUAAUUACGAAGCACACAUCAUCAAGGCACGCGAAAAGCUGCUUAGGACGAAAUUGGGAUGGUCCACUUUCCUCUUCCCUUCGCGUGCCUCCCAACUGGACUUGGAAGAGGGAGCAACUACGCAGUGGGAGAAGGAACUGAACGCCGCCAUUCAAGAAAUCCUGGAGUGGUACCUACCACUUUUAUGA